GCGACGAAGCGCCUCCAUUUUAAACGGUGUGCCGGGUCGCUCCCCCUCAGAGCUCGUUCGUAUCGGACGAGUUUGGCCUCGUCGCCGGGUCUCGGAGAGGCUGCUGCUUCUCUCUGUUCCCCGCUAAGGGCUCCAGUCUCCUCGGAAAGCAGCAGCAGCGGUGACGGCCACGACAUGACGGACCCUGUCAGCACGACCGUGAGCUGAGGGAGCAGGAGGUGUUGGGGGAAGGCCAGGCGGGUUGAGGAGAAAGACGAAAACACAGCAGGAACAGCGUUUAAAGGGCUGCUCUGGAGCCGAGCGCUGUGGAGAGAAAGGCAGAGGAGGCUGAGGAAGCAAAUUGGCGCGGAUGAGCUUCUGCGGCUGAGAAUAACGUACCGAGAGAGAUCAUUAACACAUUGGGACACACACAUAGCUGUCCGCCCACCAACACACACACGCCAACAACCAGCCCCACAUAUACACACGUACACACACGCUCACACACACAGAUGGCGCUAGAAAACUCCACCUUCUCUUCCCGUCCAGAGUCACUUUCUCUGCCGGUCCCAGAGAAAGGGGAGGAGCCUGCGCAGGAGGCCAAAGAAGAUGCCCCACCCACCAGUGUUUUUAACGUAUCCGAGGAGCUCGGGCACGUGGUUACCACAGAGACGUCAACACCCCCGCAACCGUCCACCAAUAACAACUUGUCCUUCCAGGCCAAGAUGGCCGCGCGGGAGGCGCAAGCCAAUCAGCCCCGGAAGAAGCUGCAGGGGGCGGGGCAGGAGCGGGGAAAGUUUGGCUGGGCGCGUAGUAAGCGUAAGCGGCAGCGCUACGUGGAGAAGAACGGCCGUUGUAAUGUGCAACAUGGUAACAUGCGGGAAACGUACCGCUACCUGACAGACAUUUUCACCACGCUGGUGGACCUGAACUGGCGCUGCUCGCUCUUCGUCUUCGUCAUGGCCUACGCCGUCACUUGGCUCUUCUUCGGAGCUAUCUGGUACCUUAUUGCGUACUGCAGGGGUGAUCUGGACCAUUUAGAGGACGAGACAUGGACUCCGUGUGUGAAUAAUGUUAACGGGUUCAUCUCUGCAUUCCUAUUUUCCAUCGAGACUGAGACCACCAUCGGCUAUGGCCAUCGUGUCAUCACCGACCAGUGUCCUGUGGGCACAAUGCUUUUGCUGCUGCAAGCAAUACUCGGCUCUAUGGUCAAUGCCUUUAUGGUGGGAUGCAUGUUUGUGAAGAUCUCUCAGCCAAACAAGCGGGCAGAGACGCUGGUGUUUUCCCGGAAUGCGGUCAUCUCUCUGCGGGACGAUAAGCUGUGUCUGAUGUUCCGAGUCGGGGAUUUAAGAUCUUCACACAUUGUGGGAGCCAACAUGAGAGCCAAACUCAUCAAAUCCAAACAGACUCAAGAGGGUGAAUUUAUACCUCUGGAUCAGACGGACAUCAGCGUGGGCUUUGAGACGGGGGAUGAUCGUCUGUUUCUGGUGUCACCGCUGGUCAUCUCUCAUGAGAUCGAUUCCCGCUCCCCGUUCUGGGACAUGUCCCAGGCUCAGCUGGAGAAAGAAGACUUUGAGAUAGUCGUUAUUCUGGAGGGCAUGGUGGAGGCUACGGGUAUGACAUGUCAGGCACGGAGCUCCUACUUGGCAGAGGAGGUGUUGUGGGGUCACAGGUUCAGCCCGAUGAUGUCCCUAGCUGAAGGAUUCUUUGAUGUGGACUAUGGAGCCUUCCAUCACACCUUUGAGGUGGACACACCUUCUUGCUCUGCACGAGAGCUGGCUUUGGCUGCUGCCCGUCGGGAAGCUCACCUCUACUGGUCAAUCUCCAGUCGGCUGGAUGAGGAGAAAUGGGAGGGGCCUAAUCUGACUGAGCAAUCAAGAAAGCCUACGGAUUCUGAAUCCGUCAGUGAAAAAAAGGAAGGAGACGGGCCAACUUUUAUUGUGGGUGGAGUCACAGAUACCCAGGACCAGUCAGUUGUAGGGGAACAGAAUGGCAGCGUCACCACAGACCAGUCCGAAUCCGAAGCUUAAAGGGAGAGAAAGUGAGAAUGGAAUUUUUUUUUGAGGUUAGAAAGAGAUAACAAUACUAUAUUACACUUAGAUUCGAUUGUGAAACAAUCCAUGCCUUCUUCUUCAAGUUUAGCCGUUUAGUCGCUAAUGUAUAGCAUAGAAUACUUUUCCCCAACGGGGAAAUCUUAGUCAUUUAUUGCUCUUUUGGUUUAUUGGAUUUGAUAUCAGACAUCUGAAACGAUACUGCCUUCAAAUUCUGGUAGGGUGUUUUCACAUAUGAAAUUCAGUUCUCUGGUGCAGUUCUUCACACACUGUUCACGAAAUUUACACAGGGUACGUUUAGUUUUUGCUGUCCUUAAGUUAUAUGUUUAACUUGGUUGUAGUUGGUGGAAGUUCCAUGAACCUUGUUGCAACUUCAUAAACCUUUGGUACACUGGUGCAGGUCCCUAACCAGUGUCAUCAGCUUUUACCAGCAUUCCUUUGGGGUUUAUUUGUUGUAGCCAUAUAUUUGUCACUACAGGGUCUCAAAUGCAUCCUGAAAAGGAUCAAACCGGCAUAUGUAAAAGCACCCUUAAUAGCUCUUGUUCAGUGGUAUAAAACGUACCGUAUUUGUCUCUGUGUUAAAAUAACAGUCGGCCUUACAAACGUCUCUUGCGCAAAGUUGACUUUUUUCAGUGUAAAAGGGUUUUAUUACUUAACUUUUAGCAGAAACACUUCUUAAAUAUUGUAUAUACAUAACUGGGAUAAUAAACUUUUAGGAGUAAGUGCUGAUAUAGGGCCAGAUUGUUUGACCAAAAAGAAUUAUAAGCGAAAGUACUGUGCAAAAGUUUUAAUUUGCAAAACUUUAACUUCCAGUCAAAACAGCUAUUAAGUUAUUGAUUUUUCAUUGUCAGAAAAAAAGCAAGAAACAUGUAUUUAACAGAAAAUUGCACGUCUCCAACAUAAUAUAGUAUAAUAUCAGUCUUUCAGUAUUUAAUUUGUCCAGUCUUUUCUUUGUGCACUCUACUGCCACUUUAACUAUUCUAUCCUUCUAAUCUGAAAAACCUACAGGUUAUAGCUGUUGCUUCUGAUCUGAAAAACUGUGAGAAGACAACUCAGUGGUAGGGGUCUGAAGGAGUGUGGCUGUCAAAAACCUAUAUUGAGAAAAGGAAAUAGACAAAGAAAAGGAAUAUUUGUACUAGAACACAGAAACUAGAUGCUUAAGAUGUGGAGUAAGGUUCUAUGGGCUGAUGAGUCUAAAUCUGAGAUCUUUAGAAGUAUCAGAAGGCAGUAUGGAUGCUGUCUAAGCAAUGACUUUUCAAACCACAUCUACAACCAUCAGUCAAACAUGGAGGUUGAUCAGACCAAGUUUGGGGAUGUUUAACAACAUCUGGAGUUUGUGAUUUGUUUUUGAUUGAAAGCAUCAAGAAUGCUGAGAAGUAUAUGCAAAGUUUCAUACAUCAUGCAAGACCUUCUGGGAAGUUGUUCAUUCUAUAGACAUACUUAUCAAAUAAAGAAGCUGCUGGUGGUCUCAGAACAAUGGAAUGACCACCUCAGAGUCCAGACCU